AUGGAAGCCUACCUUGAUGCUAGUGAUCUGUGGGAAGCUAUUAGUGAGGAAUAUGAAGUUCCUCCUCUAUCCGACAAUCCAACUAUGGCUCAGAUAAAACUACAUAAUGAGAUGAGGCAAAGGAAAUCAAAGGCAAAAGCUAGUCUAUUUGCAGCUGUCUCAUCUACAAUUUUCACCAGAAUCAUAACACUGAAGAUGGCAAAUGAAAUAUGGAACUUCCUGAAGAAAGAAUAUGAAGGAAAUGAACGAGUCAAAGUUCCUGAAAAGUUUGAGACUAUAAUAUCAUCUCUAGAAAACUUAAAAGAUGUGUCAAGUAUCACCUUAGUAGAGUUGUUGAAUGCAUUACAGGCUCAAGAACAAAUGAGGCUUAUGAGACAAGAAGGAUUUGUGGAGGGUGCAUUUCAGGCCAUAUCUCAGUAUAAGAAAGAGAUGCAAAGCAACAAUAACAAUAGCAACAACACUCAAAAGUUUCCACCAUGUCCUUAUUGGCAUGUGGAAAGGAUAUGCAAAUCUCAACAACAGCAAAGAGAAGUCAAGGCUACCGUGGAAGAACUUCAAGAUGAGCAACUAUUUGUGGUAUCAUGCUUUGCCACUAGCAGCUCCCCGGAAACUUGGCUUAUAGACAGUGGUUAUACAAACCAUAUGACUUAUGAUCAAGGGCUCUUUAAGGAACUUGACAAAACUAUUACUUCCAAAGUUAGAAUUGGAAAUGGAGCAUAUCUUGCAGUAAAAGGCAAAGGAACAAUGGCAAUUGAAGGCCACACAGGUUUGAAAUUAAUCUCUAACGUCUUAUAUGUUCCUGAGAUUAAUCAAAAUCUGUUGAGUAUUGGUCAGCAGCUGGAAAAAGGCUAUAAGGUGCUAUUUGAGGACAAUCAUUACAUGAUUGUUGAUGUACAAGGCAAAGAGGUAUUUAUAGUCCAAAUAAAAGGCAAAAGCUUUGCCUUGGAUUUAAUGCAAGAAGAGCAUGCUGCAAUUCACAAAGAAGAAAGCAAUACAAUGCUUUGGCAUAGGUGUUUAGGACACUUUCAUCAUACCGCCCUUCUCUUUAUGAAGAAGAACGAUCUUGGAGAAGGCUUGCUUGAAUUAGAGGUGAAGCCUCCUACCUGUGUAGCCUGUUAG